CUUCGAACCUCGACCCAACCCUUUGAGAGAGUCUCCCCCACAACGCGCCCGUCUGUCCUCUCCCUUUAAGAACAAGUGUAGCACAGGCAGAGGAGGAGUGCAAAUGUACAAUCACGUCACUGCGACUCUCUAUCCUCAGCUUCGCUGGUAAACGGCCUCGGCGCCACCGUUCGCCCUUGGACUUUCGACACCCCACAUUCACCCCACGAAGUGCGAGAGCUACGCUCGUGCUGGUCGAGACGAAGAGGCAUCAUGGAGCGCCCACCGCCGUCGCAGAGAAGGCUGGCGCCACCCGCCGAGCCUAGCGUCAUCGUGGGUGACUUCCAGAGGCUGGAGGAGAUCGGGAAGGGCAGCUUCGCGACCGUGUUUAGGGGCAAGCAUCUGAAAACGGGCGCCAUCAUCGCCAUCAAGUCGGUCAACGUCAAGAAGCUCACCAAGAAGCUGCAGGACAACCUCGAGGCCGAAGUCCGCAUUCUGCGCGACCUGCAUCACCCGCACAUCGUCAGCCUGUUUGACUGCAAGCGCACCGCGGACAAGGUGCAUCUGUGCAUGGAGUACUGCGAGAUGGGCGACCUGUCCACCUUCAUCAAGAGGAGGAACCAGCUGGCGGAGCAGGAGAUCACCAGGGACAUGAUCAAGAAGUACCCUCUGCCUCAGGUCGGCGGUCUGAACGAGGUCAUCGUCCGCCACUUCGUCAAGCAGAUAGCCAGCGCGCUGUCCUUCAUGCGAGAGAAGGCCCUGCUGCAUCGCGACAUCAAGCCGCAGAACCUGCUGCUCGUCCCGCCACGCGCCUGGUACCAGAGUCAGAGCGGGUCGCGACCUCCCGUCAUGACGGAUCCAAGGAUCGACAUUCCCGCCGCCGGCGUCGCCUCUUUGCCCAUCCUCAAGAUCGCCGACUUUGGCUUCGCCCGCUUCCUGCCCAGCCUGGAGCUUGCCGAGACGUUGUGCGGGUCCCCGCUGUACAUGGCCCCAGAGAUUCUGCGCUACGAAAAGUACGACGCGAAGGCGGACCUGUGGUCCGUGGGCACAGUCCUGCACGAGAUGAUGGUCGGCAAGCCGCCGUUCAGGGCCAACAACCACGUUGAGCUGCUGCGCAAGAUCGAGAAGAACGAGGACGUGAUCCGCUUCCCCACAGGCCUGGUAAUCACCCCCGCCAUGAAGAAUCUGAUCCGCGUGCUUCUCAAGAGGAUCCCCACCGAGCGCGUCAGCUACGAGACCUUCUUCAACGACCCCGUCGUCACCGAGCAGAUUCCCGGCCUCGUCGGCGAAGACAGGCCGCAGGCGCAAUUCACGCAGAAUCUGGCCAAUCGCAUCUCGCGAACCCGGCCGAGCCUGGACUCGCUGUCGAACAGCCCCCGCGAGUCCGAGGUCGAGGCCGGCCCCAGCGCCCGGUCGCCAAGCGCCUCAGUGAAGUCGCCUACGGUGGCGGGGCCGAGCGCGCACAGGCAAUCGCGCGUUCCUCUCGACGAGCGUAGGGAAAGCGCCACUCGGGCGUCUCCCAAACCCCUCGCGCCCGAGGCCAGAGCCGAGCCGGCGGAGGCGUCCCAGGCGUCCCCCAUCGAGAGGAGGCCGAGUCUGAAGAGCCACGCGACGGCUCCGGCGACAGAAAAGCCCGUUUCCGCCGCAGCCAUGACGAUGGAGAGGAGGAACAGCCGUGCGACAAACUCACCGGGCGGCUCGGUGCUGAAGGAUCACCUCGACCGCGAGCGAGGGAAGACGGACGACAAGGCGCUGCGUGACGCCAGAGAAAAGACGGCACAGGACAUCGCAUUUGAACGCGAAUACGUGGUCGUGGAGAAACGGCACGUUGAAGUCAACGCGUUCGCGGACGAGCUGGCCCACAGUCCUCAGGUCGGUGCUCAAGGCGGUGCUAUGGUGCGAAGGGCUACGACCUCGGGAGUGCCUUACUCGAGCACGGCACCCUCGUCGACUGGCGUCAGGGCCAUGCAGCAGGUCUCGCGACAGAUGCCCCUGCACCAGCGUACAGGCUCGUACGAGCGCCGGUACGGCAAGUCGCCCACCUCCGCGACGUCAGCCAUCUCCAAGGCGCUGAACAUGGCCAGUUUCAGACUGUUCAGCAUGGGAUUAUCGCCUCCCUCUGGAAAGGGCCCUUCGCCGCCACAGUACUCGGCAUUCCCGGCCUAUCCGACGGGCAGCAGCAUGCUCCUCAUCGGCGACGGAGCCACCAGAGCCGUGGACUCGCGCGACGACGACUUUCGCGUAGCACACCAGAUUGAGGACCUGGCGCACAGGAGCGACGUGAUCUGGGGCUUCGCCGACAUCAAGUUCCAGCAGCUCGUGCCCAGCCGCCCGAUCAGCUCGCACGGCGUCGGCAUCGGAGGCAUGCGACGCGCCAUGGACGAGGCCGCCAAGAAUGGAGCGGACGAAGAGUCCGAGCUUCCCGUCGACCACGUCGUUGUCAUCGCUGAGGAGUCGCUCGUCCUUUUUGUCAAGGUGCUCGCCGUGCUUAAGAAGAUCAUGGACAUUUCGGCCGCGUGGUUCCACAACUCUCGCGGUGAGUUGCUGCACGCCAACCCGUCCGACGUGCCACGCUCAGCGCCUACGCGUGGUGGCAUGAUGGCCGCCGCGCCAAGGAUCAACAGCGUCGUCCAAUGGGCUCGGACGCGAUUCAACGACGCGCUGGAGAAGAGCGACUUUGUCGCACGCAAGCUCACAGAUGCGCAGAAGCGUCUUCCGCUGGACCACCCGCAUCACCCGAACAACAAGUACUCGUCCUCGUCUGCCUACUCCGCAACAAGCGUAGGCACGUCGUCCGACCAUGUCAUCCUGACCUCCGGCAUCACGGCCGAGAAACUCAUGUACGAUCGCGCCCUGGAGAUGAGUCGCGGGGCGGCCGUAUGCGAGCUUACCAACGAAGACCUGGAGAACGGUGUCCUCAGCUACAGGACUGCAAUUUAUAUGCUUGAGGCUAUCCUUGACUCGGAUGACUGGCGCACGAGCAGGAAGAGCGUGGGCGCUGCCAAGGGCGAAGGCACGGAGGAUGAGCCGAUUGAUGGGCUUGAGGCGGAAGAUCGCGCUACCGUGCAGAAAUUACUGGAUAGCCUCAAGAUCCGCCUCCGCGCCAUCAAGAAGAAGAUCGAGGCUCAAAAGGCGGCGCGACGCUCGUCCACGUCGGGAACGCCAACGAUGCCGAUGCGAGCGUCACCCUCGACGACGCCCCAGUACUCUCGCUCGCCGGCGAGGUAAAUAUUUUGAACGAUAAACGACUAAGGUUUCUCCACUCCACUGCAUCAUCUUCCACCUUCCUACACAUUUUCUAUCACGCGACAGAUUGCAUGAUGCACCACCCACCAUGGAACAUUCACAAGGCGCAGGGCACGGGAAACGGCGUUUUAUUCACUGUUCUUUUUCUUGUUUACGUAUUUGUGUCUUGUGUACUACAAACGAUCCAUUUCAUCGCUCUGGAAUGACUUUGGAUGAAAAAAACUCUCGGCGUUGGGCAGAAGAACGGGACGCGAACGAAUCAUCAUCCAGAUACCAGAGACCUGCUGCUUCGACGUUAUUUUUCAAAACUCCCCGCCCAACUUCCCCAGAUCCGACUGUCCGGAAGAGCGUGCAGGAUAAUUACAUGGGACGGAGGGGGAAGUCGAGGGAGGGUGAGUGCCACGAACGAUUUGGGUUAAGUACUUGUUCAUGAUACCAUCCGCGCCUGGGGGUUCAAACGGCGCAAACAGUCUGAUACCGCACAGAGAGGCAUUUGUCUGCAUCAUUUGGCAUUUGAAAGGGCAUCGGCGUUUUUAUUUUUAUUUUUGCUUUCUUUUCCUUCGCUCUGCCUCGCUCACUCACUCUCACACUCAUUCGCGCUCUCUCCUUUUAAACCCUUUGAGUUCUUGAUUGGGAUUUUUUCUUGAAGAUUUGCGGGAGGGCUGAGCGAUCGUUUUGAGCCUUUGGCAUGUGGGAUUUUGGGAGGCAGGACAGAGCUCUCGACCAGCUUGGAGGGCAGCUGUCCGUGUUUGAAUGUAUCGGUGUGUUAUUGCGGACAGACAGACAGACAAAUAGUCCAAUUCACAGGAUUGACUCGUUAGACAA